GUCACCUUGAAAUCUGAUAAACGACUAAAUUUCGAGGUGUUUCCAGGCCUGACCUGCACGCAGGCUAGCUGCGAGUUCAUCGAAAACUCCCAAGCACUCGCAUUUUCGCGGCAUCUGCGAGAAGCUGCCUGGCUGCGCGUCGUUGCGGUUGGAGCUGCCACACUCUUGUGCAAGUGGUGUUUUGUCAAGACAUCUGUCGGGUUUCCUAGCUCUUGUUUGCAGCUUUUGGACCCUUUUUCUUUCAGACGGAUGCGUACAUCCUGAAUAGACAGUGGUGCAGUUCUGCCUUGGUGUACUCACGAAAAAGAUUUUCUUCCGCUCAGAAAUUCGCAGUCGACGUGCAGUUGCGUCUCAUCGCAAAAGCCCCCUACAAGCUGUUCGUUGUUCAAGACACGCUGGCGCCAGAGAGUGAGGGUACCCACGCUACCGUAGUUUACGUUCAUUUUCCCCGUUGUCGUAUUCAUAUCUGGAUUUCCAUUUGUGCCUGAGGGGAAUUCUCUGUCUUCCUUUUAUUCUCGUCGUGGAAAAAGCCCCGUCAAACCACGAGUGAUCGAACUCCAUCAGCCGACUCCGCUAGCCCAAGCAGAGCUGCUGCCGUUUGGUGGGUCAGGAAUCUCCUACAAGGUCUGGAGAACAUCCUGGUCUGAGAGAGCUGCCGCGCGCAGAAGAGAAUUAAUUCAAGUUUUUAACUCCGUGCUGAUAAUUCCUUUUCAGCUUAUGCCACUUUAAACAGAAGGACCUGUCGAAAAUGGAAGCGUUGCCUGUCAACUCCGAUGUCUUGGACAGCCGCCUUCCCGCCGCGUGCCAGAUCGACGCUACGGCUCAAGGCAGCAACGCAGACAGCAAAUAUUCGAGUUUCCUGCGGAAGGUAACAGAAAAUUCGGCAUCGGCAUCUUCUUUUUCAACUUUGCACAAGAUGAAUGGAACCGCCGAUGCACACUCGGAGCAAAGCAGCCGGCAGCAAAGCGCAGCAACUAGGCAUUCGACGUGUGAACCGGUGACGACGGACCCGCGUGCUGGGGGGGUAGGCACAGCAGGCGGACUCACAGGCGAGCGGGAAGGUCUUUCGCGUCAGGAAGUUGAGAAGUCGUUGCACGCUCUAAAUGAAGAGGAACGUGAGAACUCCGCGACAAUCGCAGCACUAGAACACCGCCGGAUUGCUCUGGCCAAAGCGGCAGAGCAGAUCCAGGGCGUGAUCGAACAAUCAAGGGAGAGUGGCCAAGCCGAAGUGAUGAUGGCCGCACAGUACCAGCUGCAGUCCAUCUAUCAGAAACAACAAGAAACUCAAGCGAUGGAGCAACAACUCGACCAAACUAAAAAGGAGGCCGAACGCAGGCAGCUCGGGGCCCCAAGCAAGCAGAGCUCAGCUCAAAUGCACCAUGAACAGGCGCAGAACAGCAUUUCUGGAAACAUGGCGGAUAAGCAACGAACUGAAAUGCGCCCAAGCAGCAGCCAGAAGAAAAUUCUUGUGCAAGGUAGUUCAGCCGCUGCCCGCGGGUUCAGCGAUGACACUCACGACGCGAAAAAGACACAGGAACGUCGCAACACAUCGCAUCGAAGGCCAUCAUGGAAGCAACGUUUGGUUGAUCUACUCAACAUUCCAGGGCCGGAAAUCACGAGAGAAAGUUUCCUCGCAGCGUUCUAUCACCCAGCGACAGGAAUGAGCAAAUCCCUUUUGACGUCCGUCUUCGAUCAACUCAAAGCCCAAUGUCGCGACGCCAGAGGGUCAGUGACGGAGCACGUGCCAAGUCCUCUUAUUCUGAGUAUCUUGGAGAACCACAACGGAGACGAUAUUGUCCGCCUGCUUGAUGCUGUUGAUCUUCUCGAAGGGAACAUUCGAAGUUUGGACAAGAAAUGCAAGAACCUCGCAAAGAGUCCACUCCACGAGUUUACACGCCGGUGCACGUGCCGCGCGCUCCUCACGCUUGCGAAGAAAGCAUAUGCAGAAAUGGAGACCACCAGCCAACGGUUUGCGCCGGCAGUGGCGGUGGCGGGCUAUUCCCGGACUCUUGAAGCGUAUCAGUAUGCUCUGACCAAGAGCCUUGCGGCCGAGAAGAACAUCAGUCUCGAGCAGGCUAAUGCGCUGGUUUCCAAAUGCAUGCACAACAUGCGCAACGAACUGGAGACGGAUAUCAUCCAACUCCGUCGCAUGGAGAUUGAGGCUCAAGCGAAAGCAGAAGAGGCAAAGGCUGCCGCUGCCGCUCGUGCACGUCUCCAGAAGAUGACACCGCAAGAAGCAGAAGCUUUGGGUAUUCCUUAUUCCACCGUUCUCCAAAUCGCCCAAUCCCCUGAGGGGGUCCCCGUCUCCGGAAGCGCUUCCCGUUCUGUCUCGGUGCCCGGGACUGCUGGCCCCGCGGCGCAAGUGUCAGUGACUUAUCGUUACCCCGAUGGGACGCUGGUGACCGACCCUGCCCAUCUUCCGGACGGAGCCCGAGCGGCCGAGCUCGCGGCUGAGAUGCAAAUACAAAAGACAGCGACUCUGGCAGCGGAAGCUGCGAAAAGAGCGGAGGAAUUUGCCGUGGCGCAAGCGACAUCCGCAGCACAGGCUGCUGUUUCUGCCGCGACGUUCGGUGGCGCUCUGAUUCCACCUUCCCUCACCAGCAUCUUGCCAAAUGCGGCUCUAUCUGGAGAUGCCGCUUCAGAAACAAAGGAUCUCCAGGCAGAUCAAACCGGAUCUGCCGCCGGCCAGAUGGCUGGCUCACAGACUGCGCGCGGUUUGCAUGCACCUGCAGCGCAACCCUCGGGAAUGCACCUCUUGAUGGGCCAUCAGCAGAACGGCAGUUAUUCGGCGCAAGUCCAAAACCACCUCGUUACCUCCGAAGCCGAAGCGGUCUGUUCCAUUUCCCCGGAUACCCGACGAAACGUUACAGGAGCCUCGCCGGGAAUGGUGCCCGGAAUGGAAGUCAUGCGGCCACAGGCUUCUCCGUUUCCUCACGGAUACCCCUCUCAGGACUCACGCAUGCAGUCUGCUCACAUGCGUCUGGAGGGCCAGCAGCUGCCGGCAAUGACCUCUCAACAGGAGGGAAUGAAGGGCUUGCGAGAGGGCAUGGGCGCGAGCCUCGCUGUCCUACCAGCAGCUACCACUCCCCGGGGGCAACAGCUGUCGCAUCUCCCUCCCAAUGCGGUUCCAACUAACUCCCCGCCCGCAGGGCCUGCACCCCUCCGGCCGGGACUCCAGACGCUGAGCAUGUCGGAGAGCCGCGAUAUGUUUCGCCGCACCAGAGCCCCUGCAGGCAGCCACAAUACCGGAGGAGGAGCGCCUGCUGCAAGCACCCGGAGCAUGUCUCUCGUGAACCCACUUCGUCAGGCCGGGAAGCUGCUCGCAGGGGCCUUCGGUUUUUGGAAGGAAGAGGAAGGCGAGAACGAUGAGCCGAGCAAAGAGGAAAGCAAGAACCAGGUUGCGCUGGAGGCACAGCCGACGCCGACACAAAAUGAGACAGUCGCACAGAUACGCCAGAGUGAAUGCUUGACCAGCCGACCGCUUCACGGCUCUCUGCAGCACCUCAACCUCCCCGAGAUGCCACAAAACCUACCAGUUCCUACCGGUGCAGUCUACUCGGGAUCCCCUAUGAUGGUAGCCUCAGGUCCUGGCACCACACCUGCCGGAAUGUCUGCUGCCCUCUACUGUAACACAAUGCCGUCGACAUCGACUGGCGUCUGCCUUCCAAGAGCACCUACUUCCCAGAUGCUACCUGCUGAGACCCGAGCACAGUCUGGUGCCUUCUGUGGGGAGACGCUUCACCACGAAGGCUUUCAGUCGCCUCACACGCCCCCUACCAGCACGUACUCGAUGACGAAUGUCUACCAGCGACCUGCCGCCAGCGCUGUAGCCGCCGUGUUAGGACGGAAGCAACCGGAGAGAUCGCAUGCAGCGGAGACUGGCGACGCAGCGAUGACGACUAGUCCCGGACUGAUGGAGAGAGCCGCCGAAGUCCAUCUAGGUGCUGCACCUACACAGGUGUCCCCAUUUUUUGGACAACCACAAGCAGCACCAGGUGCUACAAACUCUUCUUCGACUUCGAGUGCUCGCGAGGACACCCAGGAGUAUCGCAUUCGUGUGUCGUCCUUCCAGGAUGUCCCGCGACCCCAGCUCGGCAAGCAGCAGGUCGGAAAUCUACAACAGGUCCAGGCUCAGCUGGAGCAAAUCUCGAUCGCGCACCUCGAAGAGUACGCAAAGAAAUUCGGCGUGUAUUCGACGCCAGAAGAGGCAGCUGCCGCUCUAGGUGGCGUUCCCCUUCAGGGUGUCGGGGCUCUGGCAGGGAUGCCUUCGAUUGCCCAGCCUGGAAACCCGGCGACCGUGGACGCAGGCUUCUGGGGUGGAAUGAAAGCAGACAGGGCUCAGUUAAUGGGCGUUAUGGGAGGGUUGGACGAAACGGCGCUUUAUCAAGCGGCUGUACGGAGCGAAACGCCAGGAAGAGCAGGCCAGAGAGUAGCAUCUGCUCAUAGAGAGGGCGAACCAAUGUCUCAGGCGUCCCAGCGCGCGGUCACGCUCAGGCAGCAGUACCCCGGACACGGCCUCAAUUAAAGGAAGAGAAACCAGUCGGAGGGAAACGUCAAAAGCCACUAACUCUUUCUUCUGCUGAUGUGGAGGGACUUUUGCUUUUUGCCAAGACACACCAGAAACGGAGCGUGUCCGUUGAGGCUCACCGAGCAGCAUGAUUACGUAUUCGUAUACGUGCAUGUUUGAACGGAAUCUGCUCAUAGAACCGUGUAUACGGAUGUGACAAAUUCACUAAAUGUUUUUGAAACGUUUCUACCCCACAGCAUCGCGUAGGCAAAGGGUCACACGCGGGGGGUGGGUUUCUAUCUGUUUUUAAAGGGGAACCACAGGUGCAUUGGGGUCUGUGCAGUCCCGUUUUUGUGCUUGUUGGUGUGCACUUCAUGUAACCGAUGGAAAAUGCUGGUUGGAGAAGAGGAGUCGAACAUAAUCUUCUUGCCCGUAAUUGUUUCGUGCACAUGUACAUAAAUUGCUGCAUCCCGUUCUCUGUUGCGCUUUCGGGCGGAAACAACACAUGUUCUUUUUUCUCAUGAGUUGUGCGUACAUGUUAUGUUUCGUGAUUAUUGUCGUCUUGUCUCGUUCCACCUUCGGCACGGGAGACGGUGUUUCGCUGUGAGAAAAUCGCAGGUCGGAAGCCCUGCGGUCUAGGAUUUCAAUCGAUUGACGAUGGCAAAGAGCCAACGCAAAACCAAAACGCGGGAAGUACGUGUCUUUCUCUUCUUUGCCUCCAAACAGAUUGUUUCCCCGUUUGUUCGUCCAAACAUCACGCCGCAAAAACAGUGCACCGCAGACAAACGCUGGUUUCUGAUGGGACAACCAAUCCAUUUUGCUUGAACAAGGGAGUCCUUGAUUAUGCAAGUGCCAACAAGCCAAAAUAGAGCGAAUGCAUACCCAAUUGUCGGUCGCCACCUUUUUGUUGUGUCUUCUCAAAUCAUGUACCACGCAGUAAUUAGACGCUUUUUAAAUUCUACGUUCCACCGAUUUUCACGACCGACUGAAUAUUCUGUGCCGACAGCAUACGUUCCCGUGUUACUGAGGGACAGAAAAAGUCAAUGGAUUCGACUACAGAGAUGAAUGGUUCAGUAGUGUUGAUUCGAGAGCUACCAGUGCUGGACCAAUACGUCGGUUGCUAGAGAACGUUGUGUAGAUAGGUGUUGGGUACUGUCCUCGAUCUUUGGAACAGUAGAUUCUGAUUAGGAAGCGGAACGAUGAUGGCGUCUCCUGUACAUCAGCAUUAUAUUUUGAUAAUCCUACUGUGGAAGUAAAGUGUAGAACCCUGCACGGUGCAGUGAUAUGUUAAUGGUGGCUGCGGUGUGACAGUUCGAAGGUGGGAAUUCUACGGAAUCGUCUAGGUGAAGCGCCUUAGCUAGUACUGCGGUGUUCAGGGACCUGAAUUAUCUGUUGCUGAGUGGAACGUUCCGGUCGCAUGCUUCAAAGGAGCAGACAACUGUUUCUUGCUCUGUCGCAAACAAAAAUUUUACGUGGCCUCGCUUUGUUUGUGGAGUGUUCAUGCCAUGGUCAAAGUGGCAUUAACGUUGCCUGAUUAUGUCCCCAACCAGCUGAGCUG